CUGAUGGGCAGCUACCUUACCCAACGGGGCCGCAGUGGGUCCCCCACGGGGGGAGGAGAGGAGGUGGUUGGGCUAGUCAUCUGGCGGUGCUGGUGGAUGUGUGUUGGUAGUAGGAGUUGCUCGCCUUUCUCUCCCGUACGUCGUGGGUGCAGGCUUCUGAAGCAGUAGGGUUUUGAUCCUGCCCAGAACACUUGAGUUUUGCUCUGCAAGUAUAUAUAAACCUGGUUUUACCUUCAGUCCUAAGAUUAAAAGGUAAUGGAGACUGAACAACAGGAGGAAACCUUUACCAACACAGAGACAAAUGGCAAACGCCCUGCAGAAGAUAUGGAAGAAGAACAGGCCUUCAAAAGGUCUCGGAAUACAGAUGAAAUGGUUGAAUUGCGCAUUUUGCUUCAAAGCAAAAAUGCUGGAGCAGUGAUUGGAAAAGGUGGCAAAAAUAUUAAGGCACUUCGUACAGAUUACAAUGCAAGUGUUUCAGUCCCAGACAGCAGUGGCCCUGAGCGUAUCUUGAGUAUAAGUGCAGAUACAGAGACAAUUGGAGAAAUCUUGAAGAAGAUUAUCCCUACUUUGGAAGAGUACCAGCACUACAAAGGUAGUGACUUUGACUGUGAAUUAAGACUUCUAAUUCACCAAAGUCUAGCAGGAGGAAUUAUUGGUGUCAAGGGUGCUAAAAUCAAAGAACUCAGAGAGAACACUCAAACCACCAUUAAGCUCUUUCAAGAAUGUUGUCCUCAUUCUACUGAUAGAGUGGUGCUUAUUGGUGGAAAACCUGAUAGAGUUGUGGAAUGUAUCAAGAUUAUCUUGGAUCUUAUCUCUGAGUCUCCAAUUAAAGGACGGGCCCAGCCUUAUGAUCCAAAUUUCUAUGAUGAAACAUAUGACUAUGGUGGCUUCACAAUGAUGUUUGAUGAUAGAAGGGGACGUCCAGUAGGCUUUCCCAUGCGUGGAAGAGGAGGCUUUGAUCGAAUGCCUCCUGGUCGUGGUGGACGACCUAUGCCUCCAUCAAGAAGAGAUUAUGAUGAUAUGAGCCCUCGCAGAGGACCUCCACCACCUCCGCCAGGCCGUGGUGGCAGAGGUGGCAGCAGAGCUCGUAAUCUUCCUCUUCCUCCUCCACCACCUCCUCGUGGCGGAGAUCUUAUGUCUUAUGACCGAAGAGGUAGACCUGGAGAUCGUUACGAUGGAAUGAUGAUGCAGUGUCAUGUAGAUGCCUGUGAUGACAUGCAGCCACCAGAGUUGUUCGAGGGUGGCUCUGGAUAUGACUAUUCUUACACAGGGGGCCGUGGUUCAUAUGGAGAUCUUGGUGGACCCAUCAUCACAACACAAGUAACGAUUCCCAAAGAUUUGGCAGGUUCUAUUAUUGGAAAGGGAGGCCAGAGAAUCAAACAAAUACGUCAUGAGUCAGGAGCUUCAAUCAAAAUCGAUGAACCACUAGAAGGCUCAGAAGAUCGAAUAAUAACUAUUACAGGAACGCAGGACCAGAUACAAAAUGCUCAGUAUUUACUGCAGAACAGUGUGAAGCAGUAUGCAGAUGUUGAAGGAUUCUAAUGCAAGAUUAUUUUUUCUUUUUUAUAGUGUGAAGCAGUAUUCUGGAAAGUUUUUCUAAGACUAGUGAAGAACUGAAGGAGUCCUGCACCUUUUUUUUUUUUUUUUUUUUUUACUAUCUGCUUCUGUUUAAAUAGCCAACAUUCCUGUGCUUCAUAGGUGUUCUGCAUUUGAGGUGUAGUGGAAUCUGCUUUUCGUCAGAUGUAAUGUUUUAGUUCAUUACAAAUAUUUGGGGUAGGAAAAGGUUGCACAAGACUAACACUGAAAUUUUGAAACAGCAACAGAGUGGAUUUUAUUUUUGUUCAGUGAUGGUAAAUUGUAAUGUGUUUUUAUUUUUCCUGUAGCUAUUGUGAACACCUUGCUUUAUGUACACUGUAAUUUUUUAAAAUUUUUUUUUGAAGGGGGGGAAAGGACUGGUUGUUCACAUGUCCCUGGCAUCCUUUGAGGGCAGUGUGCAGAAUGUAAUGUUCUUUUUUAAGAUGUAUUUUACAAUUUUUAAAUAAAUUUAGUGAACCUAUUAUUGGUGGACAUUUUUUUAUAUAUGUGAGGUAAUAUCUAAAAUGAAUACACCCUUCCCCCCCCCUCCCAGAAAAUGCAUAAAUGAAAGUUGCUGUUAAGCUUGCUCUUCUGCUUCUUUGAUAAUAGAUGGAGCUACAUGUUUUUGGCAAAUUAAAGAAACAGUAUGAAAAAAAAAAUAUAUAUCUAUAUAUAUAUAUAUAUAGGUGACAAAAAUAUUUUAAAACUGUGAUGCCACUGAGUUAAGUGGGUUAAAUACAUCUGGUUCUACACAGAUUGCUUAAUGCAAAUAUAGUUAAAAAUAGCAGUUGGUGAAAUGAAUGAAUUGGUACUUUUCAGAGCUUGUUUUUUUCAGAUAGAAACUGUUAUGAAUUUACAAAUUGGCAGUAUCUAACUUGAUUUUUAUUGUAUACAGACUCAAUUUCUUUGGUUUCCCUGUUUCUUGAGUUCCACAGGAAAUAUUUGUGAGAAAUUAAAAAAUAAUAAAGUACUCCUGGAUAUUUCAUUUAA